AUGUCUGUAUCUACAAAAUUUUUGGUAACAGGAAUGUUAAUUAGUGGCGUGUGCAACACCAUACUAAAUAAACUUCAAGAUAUGCAAUGUGUUGAAAACUGUGAUCAAGAAACGAAUAAAAAGUAUUUUGAACAACCAGUUUGGCAAACUUUGAAUAUGUUUAUCGGAGAGACUUUGUGUUUUCUGGCUGGUUAUGUUUUAUUGGCUUGGGAGUAUCAUAAUGACGAUGAUAAUAAAGGUAAAAAAAAUUCAAAAGGAAAUGGUGUUGCUGAUAAUGAUAAUAGUAACAAUGAUGGAUACUUGCCUUUACCUCAAGGGAACAACCAAACUAGUAUUGAUAAUACUGACAUUACCUCUAAUGCUGACAAUAUUAUUGUUGAAGAAGAUAUUAAUGUUCCUACUAAAGAAUUGAAAGGUUGGAAUAUAUUUUUAUUUUGGUUUCCAACAAUGUGUGAUAUUUGUGGUACUACGUUAAUGAAUGUUGGGUUGAUAUAUACUACUGCAUCAGUUUAUCAAAUGCUUCGUGGAGCAGUUGUGUUAUUUACUGGGACAUUUUCUGUAUUAUUUCUUCGAAGACAUUUAUAUCCUUAUCAUUGGUUUUCACUUUUACUUGUAGUAUUAGGUGUAACAAUUGUUGGUAUGAGUAGUGUAUUAUUUCCACCAAAACUUACAAAUGAUCUUGUUAGCAGUGAUUAUGAUGAUUUCAAUAAUAUAACAACAUUUGAUAAUAGCAUCAUCAAACCAAAUAAUGAUAAAGAAGAUAAAGAAGUAUCGCAUGCAAUUUUAGGAAUAUUUUGUAUUAUAUUUGCACAAGUAUUUACUGCAUCUCAAUUUGUUCUUGAAGAAAAAAUCAUGGAAACAUACCAUGUCAAACCAUUGAAAGCUGUAGGUUACGAGGGAAUUUUUGGUUUGGGAACAGUGAUUUUUGGAAUGAUCAUAUUACACUUUACCAUUGGCGUUCAUCAACCAGAUGGUUAUUUUAAUAUACCAGCUGGUUGGAAUCAAAUCAUCUCUUAUCAACAAAUUUGGGUUGCUGGGAUUGCAAUUUGUUUCUCUAUUGCUUUUUUCAAUUUUUUUGGUUUGUCAGUAACAAGAACUAUUAGUGCCACCUCAAGAUCCACUAUUGAUACUUCUCGUAUAGUAUUCAUUUGGAUGGUUUCUCUAGUAUUAGGUUGGGAGGUUUUCUCUUGGUUACAAGUUUUUGGUAAAUAUUUAACACAAAGAUUUAUUAUUUUAAUACUUGGAACAUUUAUCUUUAAUAAUGUCAUGCGUCCCCCACCAUGCUUCUCGUAUCCACUAGCAUCAACCACCGAAAAUCAACCAUUAUUGCCUGAAGAUGAACAUAUCUAA